AUAAUUAAUUACAUUGGCUUUGUGCCCAAAUGAGAUUCCAUUGUAGCACAAGAGGAAACAGAUGAAUGGCAUUUGGCUCACCUCGUGCUGUCCGGAGUUGUGUGUGUUUUUAAAGUGCCGCUGUUUUAUUUUUUUACUGUUUUAUGGUCUGAUGUAUAAGAAUGUAUACUCUUAUGGAGCACUUCUUGACCUGUGCUUUACUAAAUAAAGUUGUAUUUCUCUAGUGCUUUCCCUUCACCAACAGGUGACACUAGCUGCUAAAUGGCAAAUAUCAAUUGAUAAGGUUCUACAUAAAAGGGGACAAUAAUAAUCUGUACACAAAUAUCUAGAACAUGUACCUUGUCAGAUAUACUAGUUUUGUGAGAGCCUUAUCACACAUCUUUUAGUUAACUUCCUGAGAUUAUACAAAUAUGAUAACAUUUGCUAUCACAUCAGUUAUCAACCUUUUCUUUGUGUUAACAGUUAAAAUACCUGUUGGAACUGUUACAAACAUACUGACACAAUGUGAAACGUUAUGUCUGUACUGUAUGUUGGAGAAACCCGGUUGUAAACAAAAGACUGGGCUGUCUCAAACAAUCUUUUAUAACUUUUAUCUCCUUUUAACUCUCCUAUUUCUUUAAAGAUGGAUUACCCAAUCAUCUUCUUGCUUUAAAAUAACAACCAGCCCUACAGAGAAAACAAGUCUCUCAUCAGGUGUGGUUUUAUUCUGGAGUUAAGACUGUCCCACUGAACCUGCUCAUUCUAGGUGCGUAAUGCUGGGAGAAGAAUAGCUGUGACUGUGACUGUGUUGUUUUUAUAUAUAUAUAUAAAGAAAUACUGAAUUAUUUAACAGAUGUGUUUUUACAGUCUGUAUUAGCACUUGUCAGAUAUGAAGAUCGCCUCGUUUAACGCACAGAGGUUCGGACAGACCAAAGUCUCAGAUCCAGACGUCCUGUCAGCUCUUGUCAAGAUUGUGUCCCGAUACGACAUCAUAGUGAUUAUUGAGGUGGUGGAUGUGACCGGAGCUGCUGUCAAACUGUUCUUAAAAGAACUAAAUGAAGUCAACACGACCCAUCACUAUGCUCUGCAGCUCAGUGUCCGCCUGGGGAGGAACAGAUACAAGGAGCAGUUUUUGUUCCUUUACAGGGAUGAUGUUGUUGAUCUGGUUGACUGCUAUCAAUAUGAAGACAACCAAGUGAACGACAUGGAUGCCUUUGCCAGAGAACCAUAUAUUCUCCGCUUUAGACCACACAACACAGUGCUGAAGGACAUAGUGCUGAUCCCGGUCCACACCAAGCCGUGGGACUCUGAGAGAGAGCUGGAUGAGCUGUAUGAGGUCUGUCUGGUGGUCAAAGACAAAUGGAAAACUGAUAACAUAAUGAUCCUGGGAGAUUUCAAUGCAGAUGGUGUGUACGUCACCCCUAAGGAGAUGCAGGAGAUUCGCAUCCGCAGCGACAAGAAUUUCCAUUGGCUAAUCCGUGAUGACGUGGACACGAUGGCAAGAACAUCAAACGAACACACCUACGACCGGAUUGUUGUGUAUGGAGAAGAUAUGCUUACAGCCUGUGUGCCAAACUCAGCCAAGCCAUUUCAUUUCCACAAAGAGUUUGCUAUGACUGAAGAAAAGGCCCUGAGGGUGAGCGACCACUACCCUGUGGAGGUAGAGUUACGUAAAGCCCCUCCUUUCUGGAUGACAAAGAGCAACGGAAGAAGUGGCAGUGUUGAUACAUCAGUUCACAGAGCUGUCACAGAAAGUCUGCAGGAUGAUGUGUUGAAACUGCAGAAGGAAAACCUCCUGCUGGAGCGAGAAAAACUUCAACUACUGAUCACUUUAUUAAAACAGCGGCUUUCCACACUCAAGCUCAAACAAUGACUACAAGAUCUCAAACACGACUGAUUUUGCUAAGCUGUAUUUUUUUAAAUACAUAAUGGUUUCACAAAUGAAGGUUGUCCUUUUUAUUGUUAUCUAAUCAGAUAAAUAGCAGUGGAUUGUGGCCUGACUGUAUCCUUAAACUUUACAUCAAAUAAAUAGGUGUUUUUACAAAACUAAACAAAUAAUAAUACAUGUGAUAAUGAUGUAAGCAUUUAAAUAAGUUAUGAAUGUGAAUGUAAGGAAAACAUAAUAUUGGUGUGAGCAAUAUGUAAAACUAUUGUCUAAUUUGAUAAUCAAAAAGUCUACCUAGACAGAUAAUAUAUGUAUGUUUUAUAAUAUUUUAGUGCAGAGUGAAAUACCCCUGACUCUUUUAUUUGUUCUAAUUGUAUAUCAUAUCCCCGGUAUGUAUUAUGUUAUUCUGUUAAUAAUAAAAAUGAGAUGGAAUGGAU